UUUGAAGGUACCCAUCUCUUCUACCCUUUCUCAUUUUCCAAAUGAAAGCAAGACCAACAACAUUCCCUAAACCUCUCAUAAACCUCCUGUCCCACCUCCAACUUCGAACUUUAACUACCAAUUUUACCCUUCCCAAACCCCCCAACUCUAUCAUCACACCAGUAGUCAACCCAUCUCACCUUCUCCGAGUUUGCACCAUCCUUUACCAACAACAACACUCCCCUCACCCCAAACUCCAAACCCAUCUCAAUCGGUGCGAAUUCCACCUAACCCAUGAGUUCUUCCUCCAAAUCUGCAACAAAUUCCCCUUUUCAUGGCGACCUGUUUACAAUUUCUUCCAAUUCACCCAAACCCAACACCCACAUUUCAAUCACACAUCAACCACCUUUAACAAAAUGCUUGACGUAAUUGGAAAGUCCAGAAACAUUGAGCUCUUCUGGGAUGUUCUUCACGAAAUGGGUCGCCGAGGCCUCAUAAAUGACAAGACGUGUCGAAUCGCAUUGAAAACAUUGGCUUCAGCUAGGGAGAUGAAUAAAUGUGUUGAGUUUUUUCAUGUCAUGAAUGGUUUUGGUUGUUGUUAUAGUUUGGAGAUUUUGAAUAAGGUGGUUGAGACUUUGUGCAAGUCUAAGCUUGUUGUUGAGGCUAAGUACGUUGUUAUAAAGUUGAGAGAUUGGAUUAAACCAAAUGGGGUUACUUACAAGUUUUUAAUUUCUGGGUUUUGUGAUGUGGGUGAUUUGAUUGAGGCUUCAAAAGUUUGGAACUUGAUGGUUGAUGAAGGGUUCGAGUUGGAUAUUGAUUCGAUUGAGGAAAUGAUGGUGACUCUUUUCAAGAGUGACCGAUUUGGCGAAGCGAUGAAGCUUUUCCAAAUGAUGAGAGCAAACAGGGUUGAUGUUUUGGGUGUUUCAACAUACGGGCUUGUGAUCAAUUGGAUGUGUAAAAAGGGUAAGCUUGGGCAGGCACAUUUGGUGUUUGAUGAAAUGCAAAAGAGAGGGAUUCAAGCAGAUAACAUGACAAUGGCGUCUCUAAUUUAUGGUCUUCUAACAAAAUGCAGAGUUAGGGAGGCUUAUAUGAUCAUGGAAGGAAUUGAGAAGCCAGAUAUAACUGUGUAUCAUGGAAUGAUUAAGGGGCUUUUGAAGUUGAGAAGGGCAAGUGAAGCAACGCAAGUGUUUAGGGAGAUGAUAAAGAAAGGGUGUGAACCAAUAAUGCAUACAUAUAUUAUGCUAUUGCAAGGGCAUUUGGGGAAGAGAGGUAGGAAGGGAUCCGAUCCACUAGUCAAUUUCGACACCAUUUUUGUUGGAGGUUUGGUUAAGGCGGGGAAGUCAUUAGAAGCAACAAAGUAUGUUGAAAGAGUGAUGAAUAGAGGGCUCGAAGUACCUAGGUUUGAUUACAAUAGAUUCUUGCAUUACUAUUCGAAUGAGGAGGGUGUGGUUAUGUUUGAGGUGAUGGCGAAGAAAUUGAGAGAGGUUGGGUUGUUUGAUUUAGCGGAUAUAUUUGCAAGAUAUGGAGAGAAAAUGACAACCAGAGACAGGAGGAGGAAUAGAGCAACUGAACAAUGACAAGAGGAGGAAAGCUAGGAGCAUAUAUCACUGCCUCAAAAAACAAUUCCAAUUUUCUGCAAAUGGCAUUGGUUGUAAUCUGUGGGCAACCAUGCAGUGGGAAGUCAACUGCUGCACUCUGCUUAGCGGAGGCUCUCAAUGGC